AUGGGACCACGCCUACUUUGGGGCCACGCCACCUUUCUUCUGGUAGCGACGUUACGCCAUCAUCUGCGAUCGAACGCUAACCCAUAUCCGGAGACUGUGGGCCUCCUAGAGAACUCUAUUUACGUGGAUGAUGUGGUAUUGGGGGCCAGGAAUGAUGAAGAGGCAGCGCAGAGAUACGCUGAAACACAAGACAUUUUUCGUACCGCCUCCAUGAAACUACAGAAAUGGGGUUCAAACAGCAAGGCAAUGCGCGACAGAUUUCGAAAGGAAAAGGACGCAAUCUUGCUGCCCACAACUACGGAAGUUCUUCGAGUGCCAUGGGACCAGGCCAACGAUACCCUAUCGUUACCCAUACAUGGCACAGGAGAAGGUGACAUGCAAACUCCGAAUGUUACAAAGCGACAGGCCUUGCGUAAAUUUGCGCAGAUAUACGAUCCACUGGGGUUCAUUCUACCGUGUACUGUCACCGGAAAACUGAUACUGCAAUCCAUCUGGAAAAGAGAGCUGGGUUGGGCCACGCCACUACCAAGUGACCUCAAUGAAAGGUGGCGCGACUGGUACAGCCAACUCACCCUCCUCACAGAUGUACAAAUUCCACGGUAUUAUGGCAUGACAGACUCGGAGCAGGCCGUGGCAGAGUUGCAUUUCUUCUCGGAUGCAAGUCCUGCUGCCUACGGGACCGUGGUCUAUUUACGCCUCAAGGAUGACUCGACAGGAUACCGUACAGAGCUGCUAAUGGCAAGAUCUAGGAUUGCUCCCAUCAAAGAGAUGACGCUCGCUCGACUAGAGCUCCUAGGAGCACUGAUGGCGUCACGCCUUUCAACGUACUUGAGGGACAACUUGAAACUGAAGAAUCUGAAUUACUUCUGGACUGAUUCGAUGAUCACGCUACAUUGGAUAAAGGGCGACCCAGUACGUUGGACGAAAUUUGUCUGCAAUAGGGUAAUUGAAAUUCAGCAAAGCGUUGGGAAGGAACAUUGGCAAUAUGUGGCGAGCAAUACGAACCCAGCCGACCUCUUAACCAGAGGCAUAGCGCCGAGACAAUUGAACUCUGACCUGUGGUGGAAAGGACCGUCAUGGUUACAAGUUUCACGUCAUACGUGGCCCUCACCGGACAGUUCAUCUAUAGCCGAGAGCUUAGAAGUGCACCAUGUAGUGUUGCAAUCGAAUCAAGCGACAGCAAAUCCCAUAGUGGAUGUGGUCUUGUGA